AUGAACUGCUCGUCUUCCCCAACACGCUCCACCCUUUUCGCCGUAAGUGCUAACAGCUGGGACACCGAAAGAACUAUCCCAGCCCACACCGAAGACACCAAACCCAGCACAACUAUCCGCGAUACCCCCUCUUUUAACAUCCCGCAGAUGGCAUAUACCCCUCAGCACACCACUAACACAAGUAUACCGCCGCCUAGCAUUGCGGGAGGAAAUUCUAACCUUCAGAGUAUCAACUACGCGACGUUCACUAACCAGGCGAAAAUUCCGCGACACGCCAGCACCUUCCCAGCUUCCAGACCAGAAUCUAUCGCUUCCAAGGCAACAACGAAUUUCUCACUUCACGGUUCUCAGACUCUGGUCCCAGAACAGUAUUGGUCGCCUCAUGCCUCUGGAGGGAUAAGAACCGACCUCAAGCUUCGUCGAGGUAUCCUAACGCACUGCACUCCUGGCUCUGGUGGACAUUUCCAAGCCAAUAUCGAGAGAAUCCUGCGCUAUACCUUUCAAAAUGGUGAUCUGCUCGAAGAGGCGCUUGAAAGUCCUGGGUCAGGGAUAACCUGUGUGGGAAAGACGUAUAGACAGUGCGAGGAGGGAAAUAAACACCUUGCGCAAGUUGGGAAGAAGGUACUGAAGCUGGUUAUUUUGGAUCAGUGCUAUACUUUUAGGAUAAAUAGCCAGAAGCGUAUCGUCAACGACAUGAUCGGUAGAAGCAACCUCUUCAAAGUAGGCAAGAAUACCAAGAUCGAGAGCUGGGUACGGAACAAGAUGCCAAAGCAGGAAGGCAAGACGAGGAAUCCAUUCCGACUACUGGUAGAUGAUGUAAGAACGGAGGAUGCAACGAGAACAAUCGAGAGGGCCAUGCAAGCCAUUAUCGGAGCCGUAUACUUUGAUGGAGGAUUUGAGGCUGCGAGGAGAGUUAUGGCUCAAUUGGGAUUGACCAUAAAGGCUGGAAAUGAGCAGGAUCGGGAGACUUUGGUAGAAGUCGGGUUCAGUACUGACGAUGGAAAGACGUAUCAAGAUGACAAUGCCUCUGGUGGGAGUGUAACACCAUUGCUGAAAUAA